GUUCAAGGGAUGUCACUCAUUUCCUCUAGUGAUUUUGACAAAUCAGAAGCUUGAAAGCAGUGAAAUCCUCGACAUAUUUCCAGAACUCUCCAUCCAGCCUGGUAAUUGAGCAUCUGUCUCUCUUACUGCUCCUAGCCAGCUACAGGGCUUCUGAAGGGGUCUGCACAAUGUUUAAUCACUUGGGCCUGGUGUUGCUUUUAGCCUCUACUUGGACCACUAAGCUCCCAGCUCAAGGUGCCAUCCAAGUGCAAGAACUUUCCACCUCCAUAUGUAGAUACAUGGGGGUCGCCCUUGUUUACAGAAAGGCAAACACACAGAUGAAUUUCACAGAAGCCGAGGAGGCCUGCAAGGUGCUGGGGCUGACUCUGGCCAGCAAGGACCAGGUAGUAGCAGCUCAGAAGUCUGGCUUUGAGACUUGCAGCUAUGGGUGGGUUGGAGAACGGAUCUCUGUCAUCCCUCGGAUUUUAUCAAACCCCAAAUGUGGGAAGAAUGGGCAAGGUGUCCUGAUUUGGAACGCUGUGCCCAGCUCAAAGUUCAAAGCCUAUUGUCACAACUCAUCUGACACCUGGGUUAACUCGUGCAUUCCAGAAAUCAUCACCACAUUCAACCCCAUGUUGGACACUCAGACACCCGAAAUGGAGUUCUCUGUCAGCAACAGCGCCUACUCAGCUUCAUCCCCCGACUCUACAACUCAUGUUCCUGCUUCAACCCGGGCUCCACCAUCCACCUCCAUGCCACGGAAGACAAAAAAGAUCUGUUUUACUGAAGUUUAUACGGAACCUAACACUGUAGCUGCAGAAACAGAAUCUGUUAAAAGUGGAGCAGCAUUCAAUAAUGAAGCAGCUGGGUUUGGAGGUGUCCCCACAGCCCUGCUGGUGCUCGCCCUCCUAUUCUUUGGAGCUGCUGCUAUUCUGGCUGUUUGCUACGUGAAAAGGUAUGUGAAGGCCUUCCCUUUCACAAACAAGAAUCAAAAGAAGGAAAUGAUCGAAACCAAGGUUGUAAAGGAAGAGAAAGCCGAUGACAUCAAUUCUAAUGAAGAAUCAAAGAAAACUGAUAAAAACCCAGAGGAACCCAAGAGUCCACCCAAAACUACUGUGAGAUGCUUAGAAGCUGAAGUUUAGAUGACAGAGAGCAGAGAGGUUCCGCCUGGGACAAGUUUCACACCAAGCAACCAAAGAAGCAAGCCACUGUUGGUUCCUAGUUAGAAAAAGACUACAGAGUCCUCCAUGCAGAGGCCUCUCCUUAUUGCAAUCAUCUCUGGACUCUACCCUCCUACCUCCAACCUGCCCACAGCCUCCCAAAGAGUGAAGGGAGCUUUCAAAGCGCCUAAAACAAUUCCUCAGCUUACAUUCAUGUACAGGCCUCUGGGCUGCCUGACACUGCAGAGGGCCAGACACAGCAGGGCCCCAUAGUCCAAAGCCGUCCUACAGGGAAAUGUGCUACAAGGCCAGAUCCUUUGGAACCAGGCACAAGUAAAAUAAGGAAAGGAAAGCUACAGGAGGUCAUGGAGAGCCAGAUGACUUGAGACCUAAUUAAUCUCUAGGAAGCCAAAAUAAACAGCACUAGAAGGGAGCAGGGUGGAG